AUGGAUCUAGUACCAUACAUGUAUUUCGAAAAGCAAGAAGCUGGUUCUCAAUUGUGUGCCCAGCAUUGUUUGAACAAUAUCCUCCAACAAUUCACUUAUACCGAAUUUGAUCUGGCCGAAAUAGCUCAGAGGUUGGACCAAGCAGAGAACGCUGCACUGGAUCAAGCACAUCAGUUGAAGAAAUCAUAUAACCUAGAUGAUACGGGAUACUUCUCAAUUUCAGUUUUGGAACGUGCGUUGGAGGUUUGGGAUUUGACGUUGGUCAGAUGGAGAGGUGAAGCUAUGAGGGAAUAUCAAGAACAUCCAGAGGAACAAGUGGCAUUCAUCUUGAAUCUUUCAUCACAUUGGUUACCACUCAGAAGGUUUUCAACUUAUCCACCUCACCAGUCAGCUACAAAAAGAUGGUAUAACCUAAAUUCGUUCCUUCCUCAACCGGAAUGGAUUUCACCCACUUAUCUUAGACUCGUACUUACUCAAGCUGAAGAAGAAGGAUAUUCAGUUUUCGUAGUUAGGAAAGCUAGGUCUGGGACGGGAGAAGGUCAAGAUGCAGGUGAAGGUCAAGGCUGGGGAGAUGGUGGGAUUGGCAUUCUACCUGAAUGUUUAGCCGAUACAAUGACUAUCGAAUUGGGAGAACCGGUAGGAAGGUCAGGUGCGACAAACGCCAGUGGUGGUGUUGGUGGAAUUACCAAAGGAGGCAGUAAUGCUGGACCGUCUCAAGCAGGAACAUCUAUCAAUCCUGACACUCCCACUGUCGAUUUCCCUUCAUCCUCUUUCCCUGCCGGUCCAUCCUCGCCACCUGCAAGACGUAAAAAGAGACAAGAAGAUCUGAUUCCGUCGGAUCCAAUUGAUGAGGAUUCAUUCGCUAAACCAGCGGUCACACGUACUCGACAAUCUUCCAAUAGAUCAACACCUGGUAUCGCUACAGGUGCUGGCGUUGGAGACGGUGACAUAUUCGAUAAUCAAACAUUCCCAAUGGGUAAUGAGAACGACGUUGAUGACGGAGAUGAAUCUAUACAUUCAGAAGAAGUCUUCCCUACGAUACAAAAUGGCAGGGAAGAAUUAUACGGCGCCGGUGCUGGUGGAAUUGGAUAUGGUGGUCCGACUGAUUUCCAAUUCAAUUCAAGAAGUUAUGAUGAUGAGGAUGAAGCUCUUCAAGCUGCUUUAAAAGCAAGUAUGGCUGAUCUACCUGAUGAUUGGGAGGCUCCACCCGAACUGCCACCAAAAACAAAAACACCAAUAUUGAAGUCCCCGCAACCUACCGUGACCACAUCUCAGUCUCAGUCUGAACCACGACCUGAAGUGGAGAAGAAAGAUGAAAACAUGGUGGAAGAUGAUGAAGAUGAUGCUCCGGCCGCUGAGCCUUCUCCUGAUGAAAUUAGAAGAAGAAGAUUAGCCAAGUUCGGACAGUAG